CACUUUCUGCGAGAUGGCAGAACCCGCCUGGCGGCUCGGGGCAGUCUCUGCCUCCUUUCUGCUCCUGGCUGGGAGAAUCGAAAACCCGUCAAGCGGGUUUGGCCAAAAUCCUGUCUUGUUGCCUGUGCAGGUUCACACCCCGCUCACUUCUCUCUCCCCGUGGAGAGCGUGGGGGGCUCCGCUCAGAGGUCGAGGGAGGUCGAGGAAGGGCCAGGAGCCAUGAUGGACACAGAGGGGCUGUAGAGGCUGCAAGCAUCUCCACAACCCCCGCGCAGAGGGGCCCGGGCCAGGGCCACAGGGAGCCAUGGAGAGCUUCAUGGAGUCACUGAACAGGCUGAAGGAGAUCCACGAGAAGGAAGUCCUGGGCCUGCAGAACAAACUUCUGGAACUGAACUCAGAGAGGUGCCGGGAUGCCCAGAGGAUCGAGGAGCUCUUUGCCAAGAACCACCAGCUCCGGGAACAGCAGAAGACACUGAAGGAGAACCUUCGGGUGCUGGAAAACAGGCUGCGGGCCGGCCUGUGCGACCGCUGCUUGGUCACCCAGGAGCUGGCCAGGAAGCGGCAGCAGGAGUUUCAGAGCUCCCACCUGCAGAACCUACAGCACAUCUUCAUCCUCACCAACGAGAUGAACGGGCUGAAGGAAGAGAACGAGACCUUGAAGGAGGAGGUGAAGCGGCUUCGGGGCCUGGGAGAUAGGCCCAGGCCCCUGGCCAAGGAGGGCACCUCAGACCCCCCCUCACCCCUGCUGCUCCCCUCCCCUGGUGGCUGGAAGGCCAUCACAGAGAAGCCACCAGGAGGCCAUGAGGAGGCUGAGGAAGACCACCAGGGAGCGGGCCUACAGGGAGAAGAAAAGCCAGCAGGGCACAGGGCAUCUCCAGUGGCCAAAAUCUCACCAGGGGCCACCCUGCCUGAGUCGUGGGCCCCAGACAUGAGCCCCCAGCGCAUCUCCAACCAGCUGCACGGGACCAUCGCCGUGGUACGGCCUGGGUCCCAGGCUUGCCCUGCUGACCGUGGCCCCACCAAUGGGACGCCCCCACCACUGCCCGCCAGGAGCAGCCCACCCAGCCCAGCGUAUGAGCGCGGCCUCUCCCUGGACAGCUUCCUGCGGGCCUCCUGGCCCUCUGCCGUGACCCAUGAGACCCUGAAGCACUCCCCGAAGAUGGACCGGCUCUGCCUCCUAAACCGCCCCCUCUCCCUGCACCUUCGGAGCCCCCGCAGCAGCCCCCUGGCCCCUGCUGCAGCCCCCCGUGACCCCCGGCUCCAGGACCUGAAGGCCGGAGAAGCAGAGGCCUGGGAGGAGCCUAUAGAACUGCUGGGGCUGCCCAAUGCCCUGGCGGGCAUGCAGGACCUUCGCCUGGAGGGGGCACUACACCUGCUCCUGGCCCAGCAGCAGCUGCGGGCUCGGGCCAGGGUAGGCAGUGUCAGGCCAAGGGGCCAGCACACACCCAGGGAGAUGCCGCCCUCCCCACCAGUCGGCUCAGACUCUGAGGGCCCUGAGAGUGAGGGGGCCAGGGCAGCUCUGGCCACAGCAGCAGGCCUGCCUGGAGGGCGGCACACACAGCCUGUAGGCCCAGGCCACGCCCAGAGGACGGAGGCUGCAGCAGCGAAGGACUGUGCCCCAGACAAGCCCCUGGACCUCUCGGAGUGGGGCCGGGCCCGGGGCCAGGACACUCCCAAGCCGGCCAGCCAGCAUGGGUCACUCAGCCCUGCCACUGCCCACACUCCCAGCCCCGAGCCACCCACCCAGUCUGGACCCCUGACUCGCAGUCCCCAGGCACUCAGCAAUGGCACCAAGGGGACCAGAGCACCAGAGCAGGAGGAGGCUCGCACUCCCGUGGACCCCUCACGCCCACUUCCAGGGUCCCAGCUCAGCCUGUCCUCUCCAGGCAGGACAGGAGAUGAAGACACAGGGAGGCCUCUGCCACCUCCCCACCCACAGCUGCCUCCCCACCCACAGCCGCCUGACCUGGACGGCCACUCAGAGCCCAGCAAGGCUGAAGUGCUGAGACCAGAGUCCGACGAACUGGAUGAGACAGACACUCCAGGCAGCGAGGCGGACCAGAGCACGACUGGGGAGGGGCCCGGGUGUAUCUGCGCCCAGGAGCACGGGCAGGGUCUGCCACGGAAGAGGAAGCAGGCCUCGGAGCCUGGGGACAAAGCCUCCAAAAAGCCAUCCAGAGGGAGAAAGAAGCUGACAGCCACUGAGGGCCCCAGGAGCCCAAGGGACACCAAGGACGACAGUCCCUCCCCCAACAGCAGCCCCUGGGAGGAGACCUAGCCAGCCUGCACCAGGGUCCACAGCAAGCCCGGGGCGGCCCUCCACCUGCCCACCAGGGCCUGGAGAGGGCACACCGCCCCCAGCAGGCAGCCCCGCACAGCCCCUGGGAGGAGACCUACCCAGUCUGCACCGAACCGACAGUGAGCCCAGGGCGGCCCUCCACCUGCCCACCAGGGCCUGGAGAGGCCACACCACCCAACCAGCAGGCAGCCCCGCACAGCCAGUGGUGGGCACAUCCUGGCCCACUUCAAGAAGGGCUGAAGGACCAAGAGGGGUCUCAGGCUGGCGAUUCACCCUGUCUCCACCCACCUGGGAAAUGUUCUGUGGCCCCUCCCACAGCCUAGCACCUGCUCCCUGGGGGGUGUGGGGACUGGAGGCAAGAUCACUCAGGCUCCAGUCCAGCCCCACCACUGCUGUGCACUGCAGCCCUUCCCACGCAGUGCCCAUGGUCUGGGAGGCAACGGACCACUCGGACCCGCACCCCUGCCCACCAAGCUCCGAGCACAGUCUUGGACGCCCCCUCGUGGGCUCCUGGCAAACAGAUGUCUGGCAGUGAGAGUGGAGGGAGGCGGUGGGCAGCAGCACCCUCGCAGACGGGGUCCCCUGAGUGAUGGAGAAUAAACACUUGAAGAAUCAUG